AUGUCGGGAUCCGAGGUCACUGCUGCGACUGGCGGCAGUAACAAUGCCAGUGAAUUUGUUCGCAAACUCUUUCGCAUGCUCGAAGAUCCGUCGCAUCAAGAUGUGGCCCGAUGGGGAAAGGACGGCGAUUCCUUUGUCGUAGUUGAGGGCGAGAAAUUCACGCGAUCUAUUCUUCCCAAACACUUCAAGCACAGCAACAUGUCCAGCUUCAUUCGGCAAUUGAACAAAUACGACUUUCACAAAGUAAAGCCAUCGAGCGACAGCGAAGCCUCAAACCCAGGCGGAAAUGUAUUGGAGUUUAAGCACCCAUAUUUCCGUGCCGAUAGCAAGGACGGCCUUGACAACAUUCGACGCAAAGCUCCAGCUCCCCGGAAACCCCAGGUCACUGAGGACUUCACUACCAGCCAACAUGUUGGUGUGGUGUCGGAGCAAUUAACGGCAACGCAACAACAGGUUCAGCAGCUCCAGGAACUGUUCGCCGAAGUCUCCCAGACCAAUCGACUGCUUGUUAAUGAGGUCAUGACAUUGCAAAAAAUGGUCAAUGCUCAGAAGCAGGCGCAGUACGAGAUGAUCAACUAUCUUACCCCCUACGAUGGAAGAAGUCGCGGAAUGAUGGGGCAGUCGAUGAAUACGAAUGGAUCAGGGGAUGUCGAAGACAAUGUGCCGGAAUUGCGCAGGGCCCGAGAGCUACUCUCCAGCGUGGCUCCAGAUACCGCGGCCGAUCGAGAACUCGAGCGCCUCCAUGGCAUGUACGCCGCGCCGCCCGAAUCUGCUGCGAUGAUCACGCCCGUCUCUAUGCCUCUUAUGCACGACCCUAUGACCGACCUCAGCCGCUACCCUGUUUACCCGGUGGGACAGACGGUUGGCAUUGAUCCAUUUCAGCCGGACCACAUCCACAAAAUCCCAUUCGCCAUUCCAAACGAAAGCACGCCCAGCACCACCAUGUCUAGCGAGGCGAACAUCUCGGCGCCUGCUCCUAUUUCGAAUAUUCCGGCAACAGCUGGACCGGGUACAGAUCGAUCUACCCCCAUGUGGGGUUCCAAAAAACCGCAAGUGUUUCUCGUCGAGGACGAUCCAACUUGUGCAAAGAUUGGUAUCAAGUUUUUGAAGUCGAUGGGUUGCGAAGUUGAGCAUGCUUUAAACGGCGCGGAUGCAUACACUCGUGUCAGCGAGGUCGGCCGUGAUCAUUUCGAUAUGAUGUUUAUGGACAUUAUUAUGCCUCGUCUCGAUGGCGUGUCGGCAACCAUGUAUAUUCGCCAGCAUUGUCCAACGACUCCUAUCAUCGCUAUGACCUCGAAUAUUCGGCCUGACGAGGUCAAUGGAUACUUUGAGCACGGCAUGAACGGAGUCCUAGCAAAGCCAUUUACUAAGGAGGGAAUGCUCAAAUCCGUACGGACGCACAUGGCUCAUCUUCUCAAGAAUCCCCCAGAGCAGUCAGAUACCGGAUUCAUUAUUGGAAAUGUACCGUACAUGGGUGCUCCGUCGUCGCUCAAGUUUGAGUCAAACACGCCACCGGGUGGUAACAGCUCUGGCUGGUCUCCGAGUCACAUGAGUCAAAGCAAUGUCGACCAGUGGAACGGCAUGAUGAACGGCGGAAACCAAUACAGUAUGACCCGAUCGAACUUUCCAACCUCGGAUCAUGACAGCCCGCCCGAGAAGCGCCAAAGGCUAAAUGCUUCCCAAGCCAAUUAUGGUUGA